UUGCAAAUACUUGGCCGAUAUGUGCUCUUAUCAGAACGCGUUAAAAUGCAUGUGGUCACACAUUGCAUAUUGUUGUUAACGUCAGGUGUAAUCUUUUUAGUUUUACUAUUGGGCGAUAGUGACUGUGCUCUAGAAAGGAUUAUUGGUGGUAGGCAAGCCUAUGAGCAAGAAUUUCCUUACCAGUUGAGCUUAAUGCGCAACGGCCACAUUAUGUGUGGUGCCACUUUGGUAAGCCAGGAUAUUGCCCUGACAGCUGCCCACUGCCUCCCAAAACGCGGCCUUUACUCCGUACGAGCAGGCAGCAUCUACAUGGACAAAGGUGGAGUAGUUUCAGACGUGAAAGAAGCCAUUCUGCAUCCAGGUUACGACUCAAAUACCGAGGACUACGACUUGGCUAUACUAAAGCUCUCAAAACACUUACCGUUAUCGGAGGACAUAAGGCCAGUACGACUUCCAGAACAGGACGAAUCGCCACCCAGAGGCGUAAAAGGAUAUGUGACUGGAUGGGGAAGCGUGUCGGCCUUCGAAGACUUCAUCCCGGAAGAGUUGAGGGUUCUGGAAAUUCCUGUUUUGGAGAGAGAAACUUGCGAGGACAUUUACGAUUCUGUUAAUAUCAUAACGAAAAGGAUGUUCUGCGCGGGAUACCGUCAAGGAGGACGCGAUUCGUGUCAGGGUGAUUCUGGAGGUCCUUUUGUGAUAAAUGAAACUCUAUACGGGUUGGUCUCUUGGGGUUUUAACUGUGGAGAGCCAGGUUAUCCUGGUGUAUAUACAAACGUAUCAGCACUUCGAUCAUAUAUUAAAUUAAAUGCUCAUUUGUAAAAAAUUAGUUUAAAUUAUAAUUGGUACUGACAGUUGCCUCCUCGUCGUCCAGACUUAAUUUAUAAUGCUUAGAAUUUGUAAAUAAAAAGUCACAAAACUAUUACUGACAUCUAUAUUUAAGAACACAGAUUUGAAGUUUAAAAUACAAUAUAAAAAUAAACAAUUU